AAAACUAUCGACAAGUGAAAUCAGUUAAUAACCGAAGCAAGCAACAAUAGCAGCAGCAGCAUCAUCAUCGUCAGCAGCAUCAGUCAAAACAGUCGAGAGAAACUGGUUUCUUGUCUGCUCCGUAUUCGAGGGGCCAUCGCACGUAUUGAAAAUCGUUAAGUCCGACCUGUCGCAGAGGCAGACGACCGCCGAAGAUGGCUUCUUCUCAUUGCGCAGUAGUCGCCCUCAGCCUGUUUGCCCUCCUGCUGACGCAAACGGGCGUUGAUGUUGUGGAUGCGCGCCGUAACCAAGGCAGCAACCAGCGCAAAACAUCAUCAUCAUCCAGCUCCAACGGUCAUGUGACUCAGCCCAGCUAUAGCACUAACGGGCAUGCGGCUGGUAACUCGCAUGCAGACGUGGCCAAGCUGAGUUAUCCCAACUACAACUCUCAGCCAAAUCGUCCGAAUGUGAAUUCGAACGCGAAUCCGGCUUCGGCUCCAGCUCCUCAGGCUGGCUGGAAUGUGCCACAGGGUCCGCCGCCCGCAUACUCCGCCUCAAAUCCCGUUGGUGGCGCUCGCCCCAAUGUGAACGAGCAGGCUCCCUCCUAUCAUGCACCCAGCUAUGGGGCAGCGCCGCCCAGCUAUGGUGCCGCCCCGCCAAGCUAUGGAGCAGCCACCUCAAACGUCCAUCAGCCCAUCACGGCCACCCAGAACCAUGGUACCCAGUAUGCCGGAGCUCCACCCGGCGCCACCUACUAUCCAUCCGGCGGACACAAUGGCUACCCAAGCAAUCUGCCAGCCGGCGCCACCUACUAUCCCUCGUCAGGACAAAUGCCCAUGGGCGGAGGGUAUCAUCCGGCAGCCGCACCACCGGGAGCCACAUAUUACCAGGCUGGCUCUGCUCUGCCUCCAGGAGCCACCUACUACUCGCAGCCUCCCCAGCAAUCCUCGUCAGGACUGGGCUUUGGAACGGGUCUACUGGCUGGUGGAUUGGGUGGCGCUCUGCUUGGCCACGCAUUGACACCCUCGGGCGGCAGCUCGUCGCAGCCUGUUGCAGCUGCUGCUCCUGCAGCGGCAGGUCAGGACCGCAUCAUCAUCAUCAACAAUGGAGUGCCGGUGAAUGCCAGCGAUGGCACCACAGUUAUCAAUGCAUCCGGAGUGGCUGCAGCAGCACCAGCACCAAUGAACACUACCCAAGAUGUUCAGCCAGCUGCAAUGCCAGCUCCAAUGGCGCCGUUUAACCCGGAAACCUCCAACAUGACUGUGCCUAAUUCGGCAGAUGCCGCUGCAGCACCACCGCCACCCGGUGGCAUUAUUUGUGUGCCCACUAAGGUCAACGAGACAGAUCCAGCUGACAGCACCAAGAUGAUUGAGGUGGAGAAGAUCGCCUGCUAUCCGGCACCUCCGCCACCGGCAGCAGGGCCCGGCGAAGGACCUGCUCCAUUGGCUCCAGUGGCCCCGGCCCAGCCAGGAUCACAGCAGAUGCAGACACCACCGGCAGCCUCCUCAUCGAUGGACGCAGCCCUCAAGUCCAACACUAGCGGAGCCUCGCUCGUGGCCCCUGGUGGUGGCCUCGGCCUUUUCCUGGUUGUAGUCUCUGCACUCGCCAUGCGUCUGGCAGCUCCAGAACUUUCCAAUUCGUUGUAAAUCCUCCACUGACCGUCAGUCACUCCACUGCACCCCUCCCUAGUUGUCCGCUUUGUCUGCAGCUUUUUGUAGCUUUGAAAUGGUUGCCGCCUGUUACCCAAGUGUCUGUUUACGCUGGCCAAGAUCGAUAUUCCAAAUGCGUUGUGGUCCCACUCGCCAAGGGCGUGGACAAGUGACAAAUUGCAUGUGUUAAUUGGGAGGAAAUUGUUAAUUUAUUGCGUACCCGUACCCUCGUCAAAACAACUGUAGUCAGUAUUCAGCGACAUCCCGUCUUAGUAUUUCCAGCUUAUUGUCUCGAUAUAUAGAUAGUGCGUUUCUCAACUAACCCUAGAUUGUGCCUGGCGAGUCCAAGAUCCAGCCAGUCUCUCAACAACGAAUCUCUCACAAUUGUGAACUGAAAUUACAUUCGAAUAUCUAAUACCCUUUUCUCAAUUAACAAAUUAUGUAAGCAAAAAAAAAUGAAAGUACCAAGUACGGCACUGAAAGUGUUUGUAUAUUUUUCUAGAAUUGUAAUUGUUGCUUGUUUUCUGUUUUUUUGUUUCUAAUUUUAUUUUGUAUUGUUGUAUGUAAGCAUUUGUUGCACUCUUUAAUUGUUGAAAUAAACGCUUUUGAUCAACACCCCACCCCCCACACAGACACGCACGCGA